UCACUUACAUACCCUGCCAACCCUACCACCUCAAUACAACAAGACAACAUGUCCAACCGUGCCGUGCCAAUUCUCGGUGCUACCGUCCUCGCUGGAGCCGGUUACUACUUCUACAAGGCCGGCGGUGACCCCAAGGUCGCCCAAAAGAAGCUUGAGGCCGAUGCCGCCAAGGUCUCGCGCGAGGUCCGCGACCACGUCCCAGGAUCCGCAAAGGAGCUGAAGAAGGAUGCCGAGUCCGCCGGCGCUCAGAUCCAGAGCAAGGCGAACCAGCUUGGCCGCGACGCGAAAGCUGAGGCUUCCAAGGUGGAUGCAAAGCUCGAGCAAUACCGCCAGGACGCUGCGGCUCAGCUCAAGCAGACCGGAAAGGAGGCGAACAAGGCUAUUGACAAGUUUGACAACGAAGUCGAGAAGGGCGCUUCGCAGGCCAAGAGCGGACUCUCCAGCUGGUUCGGCGGAAAGUAGAGACAAGGAUGACAAGACCGAAACGACUUGAAUCGCGAGCAAACCAGAAUCAGCAGCAUUGUAAUUGAACGACCACUUCCCUAUCGAGUCCAUCCUCGCACGCGAGACAGUGCAUCAUCUGGGACAUAACGCCGUCAACGCUUGUUAGCGACCUCGAACU